UCUUCUGGUACAAUCAGAAAUGUUAUAUUUAUUAGCUAUUGCAUAUGAUAGUAAUACUUGGCUAAAGUCCUGCCAGAAGAUUCCUGAAACAGAAUUAGCUCGUAUAAUUCAUAUUUUAGCUAAAGAAUUGACAGUAUAUAAAAUUAAAUUGUCAGAAAUUAUUAAUAUGUAUCGUACUUACAAAACAGAACCAGUUCGAUAUAAAACACAGAACAAAGCUAAGUGGCAUGAUCCAACUGUCCAAUUGGAUUUGGCAUCCUAUAAAUUACAAUUAGCCUACAAUCAAAUUUUUUCAACAUUUAAAGAUAUUGAUGAUCGUAUUAAUCAGAAUAUUGGUUUCGAUAAUGAAACAGCUGACACACUGAUGCAAAAUUUGGAUAAAGCAUUCAAGGAGAUCAACACAGCUAAGAGCCUGGCAGAAUUUGUCGUUCUGUUAAUGGCAAGAUCAGGAAUCAGUGAUCUGAGGAGCAGUCAACCUAUAAUCGAUGAGACAACGAUCAAUCAGAAUCCCGAUUUGCCAGUAAUAAUCGAUUCGGACCCACAGAUUCUUGACGAAGUAUUUGAAGAGUAUAUCAAGGAGGAAUAUUUAAAACCAUUAGACGAAGAUACAGAUGAAUACUCAUUAAAGCAACAAAAGUUAGAUAAACUUCUAGCGAAAAAUUUUAUGAGCGAGUUGAAAGAAGCUUUAGUUGAUAAACAUAAGUCUAUGUCUGAACGAGAGUCCAGGGCAUUACAACGUAUAUAUAAGAAUAUGUCAAGGAAUUCUGUAUCGAAUACUGAAGAUGACAAGGAAUAUCAGGUUGCACCAGUUCCACCUCCAAUGCCUUCUUACUACAUAUGGUCAUUGUCAAGCAAUAGUAAUUUAGAUAAUAGAGGAGUGAUUUCUCCUACUUAUAAAAUUAGAAAUAAUUCGCCUGUCCAUGGAAAAUCCUGUGAAUCAGGUGAAGAAAACGAAAUUGUAAGAGAACUGGAACGACAGAAUAUUUUUAAUAAAUCAUCUAUCGAGAUCUGUGAGAAUAGAGAUCAAAAAUUAGUUACAUCUAUACCACAGAUUCUUCUCGAAACCAAAGCCAUGCGAUUUAUCACUAAACUACCACCAUCUUUUCUCCAUGAGGAAACAUUCAUAGGAAGUGGUGAAAAUUCUGAGGAUGAGAUUAUAAAUAAUGCAAGCGAUAGUGAGGAAAAUAAUGUGCGUGGAAACUCUGAAUAAUAAAGAGUUAAGUUUGAUAUUUAUAUUUGAAAAUUGAUUAAUUUUCCAAAUUAUCUCUUUAACUCUCCAUCUUUCUUUUCACCUCAUUUUAAAUAUCGAAUGAAAUAUUGUAUGUUUAUUUAAUGAUAAUGAAAAACAUCAUCAUUAAAGUUGUAAAGGAUUUACUGUGGAAGACUGUUGUCAGGAUGAUACAAACAAUAAAUGGACUUGUGUACGAUUAGAUUCAGGUUUAUUGCUUCCACACAAAAUGUCGACCGUCCGCGAGGACGGCUCUCGUACAAAGACUUUACUUUUGAACAGAUAUCAACAAUUAACAAACAAUAGAAAUAUAUAUUUCUAUAUGAUAAUUAUCAUUUAAAUACUCAUAAAGAUUCUU